UGCUUUGAUUAUGAAUUAUAUGCAAUGAUAGAUGUAAAUAAUGAUAAAUUGAAACGUUACGUACAAGGUUAUAAGGGCAGCAAUGUGUUAUAAGAAGGCUUUUAUAUAUCCUCAAUGUGGCAAAAAUUAUUUAAUGUUUUAACAUUACCGAUGGAAACCAAAGUGACUAGUAAAACUAGUAGUUUGAAAGCUCUUUUGUUACGAGCAUGGAGAGAACGCUGGAGUGAUUUGCAAUGGGGUAUUAAUAUCAAAACUAUCCUUCCAAGAGGAGUGAGUGGUGAUGUAUAUAACUUAGCUGAUUGUAUAUUGCAACAGGCAUUAGUGGGACCAGGGCCUAAUCAAUUGGUUUUGUCUUACUUAAAACAUUCAUUAAGUUCUCAGUUGGUAUCAUAUGCUGCAGUGCUGCAGCGGAUAAGUAAAUAUGACGCUUUCCACAAGCCUCAUUGCAUAGUGAGUUUGCUGGAAUUCUUGGAAUCCAUACAAGUUGGUAUUACAUGUCGCGGCAAACCAGAAGAGGAUCUUCUAGCAGCAGCAGUUUUAUCCAUCGUCCACUGGCUCCUGCAGUGUUACCUGCACACAUUAUCUAAAGCUCCACAGAACAACCCUUUGACUCCGCACCCAAGCGAACUUAUGGACAAACCUGCCAGCAUCUUGCAGCAGAUGCUGAACUCUGAUUUUCUACGUGCGAUGAUGUAUCUAGCUAAAUACGACGACGAAGAUCUGUACAUAGAAGUUAUGAAGAAAAGCUCGGAAAUCGAGGCGCUGCUAAAGACGACCACUCUAAAAUCUGUGAUACCGAUAGAAGACUCCCUGAAGAUGCUGUACGACUUGGAGAUUGAGAGUUUUUGCCCCGAAAAGACUCGGAUGGAAUCCAUCACUCACUGCCUGCAGCCGCUCUUUGCCGUUCAAGUGUUACUGAACCCUAGCACAGAGACAUCUGUGUUUGUCAAUCAGCUGUUAAUGGUGCAAAGGCUGAAGAGCUACACGAAUGCACGGCUCUACUGCGAGAUCAUCCGCGCCUGUCUAAUGUGCCUGCACAAUGUGACGGGAACUUACAAGGAAUCGCAGUGGGGAGCCUUCACGUUUCUAAAAGUGCCUCUUAUACUGAAGGAACUGCACCAAGCUAAUCUAAAGAUCGGUGAGGAGAAGUACGAGUACUCGCAGGAUAUUCUCGAUGCGUUCGAGCUGUUGCUUCAGUUCGCGUCCCUGCUCGACAUAAUGGACACGACGUGCUCGUGCAACUGCGUCGAGUGCUUGCUGAAUGAACUGCAGAAAGUGAAUCUUGUCACGGAGAAGCAAGCGAAGCACUUAAGUGCCAGGAGGGAGGGAGUGACGGCGGCCCUGCAGAAGCUGGAGCCUUCCAGCACCCCGAAGUCGUCGAUCCCAAAGGUCAUUAUACGCGCGGAACCGACCUUGGCCGGCAUCUUGAAGACGCUGAAUGCCGAUUACACGAAGAUCCAGGAGGCCUUGCUCAGCAUGCUGCGCGAGGUCCUGACGGGCAAUAGUUUCGAGCUGAUGCUCGCGGUAGCGACCGUGGAGGGCAAACUGAAGACCUUCGUCACCAAGCUCAUCAAGUUUAACGAAUGCAGCAGGCAGAUCAACGAGCCUGUGCCCGGCAAAACAGCGGCGACGCGAGCGAUGCUGUUCGACAUGUCGUUUCUGAUGUUGUGCUCGAUAGUGCAAACAUACGGAUCUGAUGUUGUCCUAGAGGAGGGCGGGGAUUCGUUCUUCGAGCAGUGGGUGCGCGGCUGCAUGCCCGAGCGGAACAAGCCGAAGUCGCCGCAGAGGAUGCUGCAGAACAUCGACCCGGCGCGGGUGGAUGCGCUGCUGGCGCAAAUCAACUCGCCGGACCUCGACUUCAAGUCGAGCAAUCUCAAGUGGCACGUCGCAUGCCAGUCGGCGAUGGGCGCGGUGAAGGAGUUGCUGUGCGCUUGGGAGAGCGGUGUGCUGAGUGCUGGCGACGUCAAGAGGGCUCUGGACGGCCUGCGCGCGGCGGCGUGUUGCUUGCCGGUCUGUGCUGCUGCGUGGUUAUGCGCGUACAUGAGCAUCACGCACCAGGACGCCCUGCUGAAGCCCAUGAACAUGGUUCAACACUUCCUCACGCCGCUGCCCGGCGAUGAGAUGCAGGACAACCUUAAAGAGAGGUCUAGCUUAAUGUUCCAAAUUAUCCGGAAAAUGCAGUACGACGUGCACCCACCUACGCAAUCGAAAACGAAGGUACUCUCGAUGUCUAACAGUAUUAUAUCGCGGCAGCCGAUAUUGGAGCAGUUGGAGUCUGUUUGGCAGAACAUCAAUCAGCGCGGAUGGAUAAACAUACAAGCCACGCAGUCGCUGGAGUCUUUGCUGAACACUGGCGGCUCCCUGUGGUUUGUCACGAAUAUAGUGAAGGAGGUGCUCAAGUACCGUUACCAAGAGGAACUCGAUCGAGCUGUGGAUCUGGCCUUCGCCAUCUUCCACCUCGACAUAGAGAACUGCACCCUGGACCUCAUUAACCAUAUAAUACCGCAAUACCUGCACAACUCUUUGCAAAGCGACGAGCUUGUAGAGCCGCAGUCGUCCAUCCUGGCGAAGCUGUGCGUCUACUGCAUAUUCUCCACUCUCGAGUACAACAAUUCGAAUCCAUACCGCGGCAACAGUCGAAAGCGCGUACGGCACGACUUGGACGCGGAAGAGCUGGAAACACUCGGCGUGUCCGCGAACAAACUCCUACGACUGAGCGAGACGGGCGAGAAUGUUCCUAUAUUCAGCUCGCAGAGCGCGCAAGCACCCGGCACGAACAACGGCAAGAAGUCGUUCGUCCUGAGGGAGCCGCUCAUGACUGCGUUGAACAAUCUCUUCAUCAUAUUCAAUUUCCUCGCCAGCAGGGAUAGCGAGGUGUCUCAGCAAACUCACUUCAUAUUUCAAUUCCUGCGGCUCACGGUGCAGUGCGGGAAGGAGAGGACUCGUAUCGUGUUGCAGGGAAUGCCACAAUCGCUGGUACCCUGUCUCUUGAAAGCAUUGCCCGAGCUGUUCACGACGGACAUUCUGCUGCGAUUUUACGACAUAAGAACCGCGUUAGGACGCAAAUCGACCGCACGAGACUUGUGUAUGCUACGGAAUAUAAAUCUAAAGCCCACGAAAUAAACAAGUUUUCCCAAAGA